CAGCUGGCAGCGAAAUCGAAAGUGAUUGCUCCGACCGAAAAAGCUGCGCCAAGAUCACAAGCAACAAAAUAUACUAAAUAUAUCCCGAAUAAAAAAAAAACAAAUUGAACAUUUGACUUUCAAAAGUGCAAAUUCAAAUAAAACCAACAAACAACAAAUAACGAAAACAACUUGAACUGCUGCAGGAGCAAAAACAACAACAACGACAACAACUACAAAACCAACAUCAACAAACAAUCACACAAAUAGCUAAAAUGCUGCUCAAAAUUUGUCUAUUAGGCUGUCUGGCCAUGCUGGUGGCCAGCGAGGAGCUCGCCACGGUGCCAUUGGAGAAGCAACUGUCCGAUCCGCUGGUGAAGCGCGAAGAGUUCGAGACAGCGCACAAGGUGCCAGGAGCGAGCUCGCAGGGCGACGAAGGUUUCCACACAUCGCACAAGAUCAGCAUUCGUUCGGCGGAUGGCGGUGAUUACUCCAUGAAUUUGCUGGCCACAAAGGAGCGCCCCGAACUGAAUCCCGUGCUCAGUGCGCUCAUCAACGAGGAUGUGAUGAAGAGCAUCGAGGCGAAGCGUGCCAUCGAGGAGGAGGAACUCGCCGAGGUGCGUCGUGAAAUCGAGGAGGCUGCCCAAGCUGAGUUGGCUCUCAAGUCGAGCACCGAUCAGCCAGCCCUGCCGUUGACCACACCACAGCCAACGGCGGCCAAGAAGAUCGACAAUCUGGACGAUGACAUGCUGGUCGAUCCACACGAUGAGUUUGUCAAUCAGAACUUUGCGCUCGACGGCGCCGGCAGCGAGAACAACAAGAAGUCACGCAUCGAGAUCAAAAAGGGACCCAACGGCCAGGACUACGAGUACGAGUAUGUCUACUACUACGAGGAUGAAGAGGAUGCCAAUACCGACAGCAAGGCGAAGCCAGCUGUGGCCGCUCCCGCUGCCGUUGAAGCCCCCGCCGAUCUGGACACACGUGGCAAGACUCGCUACUCGAACAUCGAUCGCAGCACGGCGGCCACGCCCAGCGAGAACAGUUUGCAGAGCGGCAAGGCCAAGGGACGUGCGGCCAGCAACAGUGUGGAUACCUCCGAGGACAUUGAAGCCGAGCGUCUGCCGUUGAACACUCGUUUCCCCAGCCGCGGCAAGAACAUUGAUGUGCAACCGACACCGGCGCUGGACUCGCUGGAAACGGCCGCGGAGCGUAAGAAGAUCAGUGUCAAGCGUCCCAGCCUCGAAUUGGUCGACAGCGAAACCUUCAAUACCGAUGAGAAACAGCAGAAGGGUUCACGCAACGGCGACAAGGAGCUGAAACCGGUGAUUGCCGUCGAACAGGAGGCAGCUGCCGCAGCAGCAGCCGCCGCAGCAGCCAAGGCAAAGGAGCGUGACAGUGAGAGCGACAGCGAGAUCACCGCCAAGUUGGAUGAUGAGACGGAACAGACAACGCCAUCGAUGGAGAAGGCUGCCCUCGAUCUGUAUGCCAUACUGACCAACGAGAAUCUCAACAUGGAGGAGACAACCGCUGCCGAUGGCAUCGAUGAGACCACCCUCAGUCCCGAUACCGCCAGCACCGAUGCCGACGAUGCCACCACAGUGCCCGAGGAGCUGUCGUCGACAACGACAACCACAACCACAACGACCACAACCACCACCACAACGACGACAGAGGCACCGACCACAACCACAACCACAACAACAGCGGCACCUUCGCUCUUUGGCGGCCGACGAUCGGGUCUCAAUGGUCUCGCUGGACGCAAUCGCUUCAAGUUGCGCGAGGGCGGCUCCACAAGCACCACAACAACCACUGAGUCGACGCCCACAGAACCCACCAAGACUGGCAGAAAUCGUUUCUCGCGUCCCUCAAUUGGCGGUCGCUCCCGUCCCGGUGCACGCACCACCGCCAGCCCUGAACCCGCAGCCGAAGCUGCUGUUGAGGAAGAAGCUGCGCCCGUCAAGGAAGUGAAGCCCGUGAGCUCCGGUUUUGCACGUGGCAGACCACGCAACCGCUUCAACCUGCGCGGCACAAGCACAUCAACCACAGAGAAACCCGCUGGUUCAGCCGAUGAGGAGGGCUCCGAUGGCGCAGCCAGCUCUGGAGAUGCCGCACCCAGCACCACAGCACGCAGCACACUGCGCAGUCGUCCCGGACUGAAUCUGCGUGGACGCAGUCGCAUCACCACCACCAAGGCGCCAGCUGCCGACAGCGGUGCUCCUGCCGAGGAGGGUAGCCAGGGUGAGGAGGCGGCAGCCAAGACAUCAGGAGCCGCGCCAGCUGCUACUGCUGAGUCUGUGCGUCCGUCACGCUUUAAUCUCCAUCGUGCCGGUGGCAAUCGAUUGCUGCCACGUGGUAAACUGGGACGCGCUGGCGCCAGCACCGAGGCACCGAAGGACGCGGCUGAGGAUUCGGCAGCGGAUAGCAGCCAUCACAAUGAUGUGAAGGGCAACGAGGCGGAGGCCGGCGAGACCGGUGAGAAGACUGAGGAAGGCGAUGCCGCUGCCGGCAGCGCUGCCAACCAUGCCGGACCCGUGUCCGGUCUCAAUCGCCUCAAGAACCGUCCGCGCCUCAAUGCGUUGCACAAGACUGAUGCGGCCAAGUCGAAAUCGGCUGCCGCAGCCACAGUAGCCGGCGGUGCCGCACCAGCUGCUGCUUCCGCCUCGCCAGCGUCGUCGUCGCCGUCGUCGUCAGCGGCGGUGGCGCCCCGCAAAAUCAAUCCGCUGCUAGCCAAGCGUCGCCUGCAUCUCGGCGGCGCUGCAGCGGCUACCUCGACCACAGAAGCACCCGCUGAGGAGGAGCACGCAGAUGGUUCCGCUGAGCAGACAGCAGCCAAGGAUAAUGCUGGCGCUGCGGCAAACUCUGAGGAGUCCGGCGAGGCCAAGGAGCAGGAGACAACUGAGCCCGCCGAGGCCACAACAAAGCAGCAGGCACGCGGUUUGGGUCUGCUUGGACAGCGUCGUCGUUUGCCCCUGCGAAAGCCCGGCACCAUACUGUAAACCGGUUAACCGGUUCAUCCGCUGACCCGUUAACCCGUUAGCCCGUUAACAGCAAAAGCAACAGCAACAGCAGCAGCCCGUUUUCUUCCGUCUACUUCCACUUCCAGCGUGACACUUUCAACGGAUGAUGCGGAAAUGAAGCUGUAGCGGAAGUGCAGUGGGCCCUCCCGCUCCGCCCUUCUUCUUCUUCUUCUAUCCCACAUUCUCUAAACCCCAAUCCUUGCCCACAGCCAACCGCCGCUGCCCUCUCGCUCUCUCUUUUCUAUUUCAACUUCCUUUAGACUUUUUUUGGCGCUUUCUUUGACUUCCAAUUCCAAUUCCAAUUUCUUGUGCUGCUACACUCCUAAUUUGAGUGGCGCCCUCUGUGGGCGCACUCGGCCAGCGAUAAAUAUCUUCUGUAAUAUGUUGCUUCCUUUUCUUUCUUUUCCCCAUUAACAACUCUUUCUCUCUCUCUCUCUCUUUUGUCUGUUUUCGUUCUUAAAACGCGAUUAGCUUUUUACACAUACAAUAAUUAAAAUAUUGAAAUAUAUUAUUUAAGUUGUAUCCCACUUUGUGAACAAAAAAAAGUCACCAAAAUGAAGAAAAACUAAACGAUGGAAAAAAACUAAAAAAACGCGAAAAACGCAGCCACUUGUAGACCGUUAAGAUUAUAAAAAAAAGAAAAGAAAAGAAAAGAAAA